AUGACUUUUGGAAAUAAAGCAUUGAAAAAAAAUAACAAAUUAGAAUAAACAAUCAAUGAAAUAACAUAAUAAAAUAAAUUAAUAAUCGAUUAGUUGAAAGACAAUUAAAAUAAUUUACAUUUAAAACUUUUUGACUAUUAAUGCUAAAUUUGGGAAGAUGAAUCUUAAACAAUUGAAGGAGAUCCAUAGUAUCAAGAAGAGAUUAGAAAUUUAAAUAAUUUAAGAGAUUAAACAAUAGAAUAGAUGAAAUAAGUUAUAAGAAAUGUUUAACAAUUAUAAAAUUAAUAAUAAAACUAAUAAAAUUAGAAUUUUUAAUAAGGAUAAAUUUAGGAUGAUGGUGAUUUUCAGAAUAUAUUGAAUUAAAUAAAGCAAGCCAAUUAAUUGAUAUAAGAAACUGAAAAUCAAUUAGAAUAUUUUAGAAAAACAAUUUAAUUUUAUAUAGAUUAAAACAUCAAUGAUAAUGAUUAAAAGUAAAAAGUGAAAAUUUCUAUAAUGAGUGGGUUAAAACAAAUCAGUUUUACAGUAGUGAGAUAGGUAUUUGAAAGAGUAGUGUAAUCCCUUAAAGAAUUUAAAAUUUCAAAUGAAAGAUUGAAUUAAAAUAAUCAAGUACUUUAAGAAAAAUUGACAGAAUAAUAAAGAGAAAAUAAUUAAUCCAAUGAAUAGUUUAAGGGUUUGGUUGAUAAAUUGUAAAGCUAAUUAAAUUAAGAAAUUAAAAGACAUAAGAAUUAAUUAGAGAUCGAGGGAUAUAAGCUUCUUAUAAUGAUAACUAACAUAAUUAUUUAUCAGGUAUGAUUUAUUCAUAAUUUAGAAACAUUAAGUAGACUAUAAGAAGGAUUUUUUGGGAGAUUAAGACUAAAUAUUCAUUAACUAGCUAAUAAUAGCUUAGCAUUGUUUGCAAGUGAAAAUUUUAAUAUAUAAGGAAAUCCAGAAUUAAUAUCAGAGAUUGAGAGUUUAAUCUUAAAUAUUAGGAAUCAGGGUUCAAGUAAUGAUAUUGAUAGUAUGAAUUAAAAAUGGGAGAGGAGUGUAAAUUUAUUUGAGAACAUUUACAAUAGAUUUGAUAGAAAUAAUAAGAUAAAUUAGAAUGUUUAAUAGGUGAUAUCUCAAAUAUCAGUAAUAUUGAGAGAGAUUUCUAAUUAUAAGAGGU